AUGAAACCUAUUAAAAUAAAAAAUAACGAAAAUGUAAUUCCAUUACCUUAAAGAUCUAAGAUAUUGUAUAAUUUUGAGAUAUAGGAUUUAUAAAAUAAAAUCAACAAUAAAAAGAAUCAAUGUAUAAUAAUAAUUUUAGUGUAGAUUGUUAUAGAAUCAUUUGAGAAUCCUGCAUAAUUUAAUAUUUCUCUUUUAAGGUUGAAAGUAGAAAAUGAUGCAUAAGAAUAUCUAGAAGCAAUCAGUGCAUUUUAAACAAUUGAAAUAUAGAAUCCAAUUGUAAAAGAAAGAGCUAAAAGUGUUAGUGAUAAAUUAGAAAUUUAUAAUAAUAGUGGAAGAUACUGAUUUUUGUGCAUGGUAAGAGCAAAGAAACAUAUAACCAAAUUAUAAUUAACAUCGAUAUCCUUAUAAAAAAUAAUAAAAGAGUUGUNAUUUUGAUUAUCUUAAAAAUAUAUUGAUAUGA